UGUGUGCGUAGUAGUGUUGGAUGUGUAUGUGUCUGGCAGAGAAUGUGUGCGUGUGUGAGUGUAUGUGGGGUUAUGCGUGGGAUGACUACCACUGCUGGCAGGCUGGGGACAUUUGCAGCAUGCUUCCAUGAGCACAUGUACGAUUUGACCGCAUGCGCUUACCCGUCAUUCUAUCUGGCAGCAACAUGCAACCGCAACAUGCAACCGCAACAUAGCCAGCAUGCUAACUGGCAGCAGGGCGUGAGCCCCCCAUGGCUGGCCCGUUUCUCUCUCAUGGCAGUGUAGGGAGCCCAGCUGAAGCCCUCGUAUGAGGUGUGCCCCCCCACACCCCUCUCACCCCCCCUCCCAGCUGCAGCCGCAGGACUAAGGGAUGUCACAGGCCCUCCUACCUUUGGCCCUGCUCACACUCUCCUCCAGCAUCCAGGUGUCUCCUGCCAGACAGUUCAAGAUCUUAGUGGAAAGAUGGACCAUGUAUCAUGACCAGUGCUUCCAUAACAUCAGCAGACACCCUCCAGUCACUGGUGUUGUGUGCAACAGAACGUUUGACAAGUAUGCUUGCUGGCCGGACGGACUGCCCAACACCACCGUGAGUGUUGCCUGCCCCUGGUACCUGCCCUGGUACUCUGACGUUCGACAUGGCUUCGUGUAUCGAGAGUGUGGCGCCGACGGACAGUGGUUGCCUGAGAAGAAUGCAAGCGAAUGUGAGCAAGAUGACCAGCAUGGGGCUGAGAGGCACGGGAAGAUCCUCAGUAUGUUCCGGGCCAUGUACACCGUGGGGUACUCCCUGUCCCUGGGUGCUCUGGUGCUGGCACUUGGGAUCCUGAUGGCUUUCAGGAAGCUUCACUGCACCAGGAACAACAUCCACAUGAACCUGUUUGCCUCUUUCAUCCUGAGAGCCAUGUCCAUCCUUAUCAAAGAUGCUUUCAUUGAGAGGCCGUUCUUCAACAUCGGCCAGGACAUCAACACUGAUUACGAAGUGGGCUGGCUGGUGAAUAACGAGACAGCGGUUGGUUGUCGGAUUGCCGUUGUGAUGAUGCAGUACAGCAUUACCGCUAACAGCUAUUGGCUCCUCGUGGAGGGAAUCUACCUGCACAACCUCCUCGUGGUCACGGUGCUUACUGAGAAGAACUACUUUGGUGUCUACCUGUGCAUCGGCUGGGGCAUCCCACUGAUAUUCGUAUUUCCUUGGGUGAUCGUGAAGUAUCUGUAUGAGAAUGAGGAGUGCUGGGAGCAGAAUAUAAACAUGGAGUACUGGUGGAUCAUACGCUCGCCCAUACUGCUCUCAGUGCUGAUAAACUUCUUCAUUUUCAUCCGCAUCAUUAAGAUCCUUGUGUCUAAGCUGAGAGCGCAUCAAAUGAGAUACUCCGACUACAAGUUUCGACUGGCUAAGUCCACCCUCACCCUCAUUCCGCUGCUUGGCAUCCAUCCAGUCCUGUUUUCCUUUGUCACUGACGAGUCUACCUCAGAUCGCGCCUUAGGACUGCGCCUCACCAAACUCUUCAUCGACCUCUUGUUCAGCUCCUUCCAGGGUCUCCUCGUGGCCAUAUUAUACUGCUUCGUCAACAAGGAGGUGCAGUCGGAGAUCCUGAAGAAGUGGAAGCGCUGGAAGCUGGGCAGGAACAUCGAGGAGGAGUACCGCCACACGUACAGCCACACGGUGCAAAUGCGCGGGGGCAGCCUGGUCACCCAGCCCUCCAUGAUUCCCCUGCACUUCCCAGACGUCGCCUCCACCGCGGCCACCAGCAUCGCCACCACCAGCAGCACCGCUGCGGCCGGCGGCCCGGAAGAGAAACGCACGCCAGUGGGCUGCCAGAACGGCACGGGUCGUAGGGCCGCCGGAGGAGCGCCGUCACCGCUGCUGCCGUUCGGCUCCCCCGGCUGCGAGAGCCCGCGGCAGGACGACAUCCUGCUGGUCGACCAAGCACAGUGCACCGAGGCACCGCUGGGGAGCAGCGCGAGCAACCUUUGAGGGCGAGGCAGGAGAGGAGAGAGGGGGCUGGCGGUGUGUUGCAGUGGGGCGGUUGGCAGGGCUCGCACCCGUCCCGCUCCCCGCUCGCUGACACGCAUACGCCUCCUCCGGCCCCAGGCAGCCAUGGAUGUGAGACUGGAGGGUGGAGCUGACGUUUGGGUAGGGCUAUGAGCCCCUGACACACAAGUGUGUGUGUGUGUGUGUGUGUGUCUGUGUGUGUGUGUGUGUGUGUGUGUGUGCGUGUGCGUGUGCGUGUGCGUGUGCGUGUGCGUGUGCGUGUGCGUGCGUGUUCUUGUAUGAGGUGGUGUGUUUGAGAGGACUGAGGAAGCUCUGCCAACUCCAUGUCUCCAUGUGUCCAUUGGUGUCAGUUGGUGUUUGUCCAGCGUUCAUCCUUACAUCCCAUGAUGUUACGUGCUACAGACGCUCGUUUUGGGUUUUUAUUUUUCCGGUGCUGCUGCUGCUCGCUCACUAUACUCUAAAUGUAGAGUGGAAGACUGCAAAAAAAAAACGAAAAAAAAAAAAAAAACUGUUAAAUAGUUGUCAGUCUCGACAAACAAAUCUCAUGUGGUCAAACAACAUGGUUGUAGCUAUAACCUCUGAUAUUAGAUGUUUCAUGAACUGCAGUAAGUGUGAUUUUGAUACAUAAGUCAAGACUCAAAUUCAAACACUAAAACAAGGGACAAAAAGUCACAAAGGGACUGCCUGAAAUUCUUCAUCAGAGGACGGGAACAUCUCGACAGUGGAGUCAAAUAGGCCAGCGAACAACUAACUUGCCGUAUGUCGGGUCUCUCGUCCCCCCCCCCACCACCACGCACAUGUAUUAGGUGCUGAACUGAGCCUGCACUGGACACUGGGCCGGGUUUAUGUCCCCCAUAGCACAGAGUCCUUAGAAUGUUCUUUCAAGUGUGUGUGUCCAGAGUCGCCGAACAAAUCAAACACCUCCACUGUCCUCCCUGCUACAGACAGCAUCUUCAUCCUCACCCAUCUCCAUCAUUUGAAAGGUUGGGUCUCAGCUGGGUGGUUUCAUUAAGAACAUACGAAUCGUUGGGACGUUUCUAUUUUGUGAUAUAGUGGCUGUUUGUUGUUGCUGUAUUGUGUGCUCUUGUGGAGAAUGUUUUGACACCGUAUGUGGAGCGGGGGGAGAGGUCUGAGCCAGUGAUGCUGACAGUGUGCCUUUAUGCCAUGUGGAGGAGAAGCCCAGGAGUCCAGUAUGUUUUUGGCAGUG